AUGAACGGUUACGGCUCUCCCUACAGCCAGCCUGCCUCGGCUUGGCAAGAGCACCAUACCCCCGAUGGACGAGCCUACUACUACAAUGCGACUACCAAGGUCACUCAAUGGACCAAGCCUGAGGAUAUGAUGAGCUCGGCCGAGCGCGCCCUUGCGAACCAACCCUGGAAGGAGUACACGGCGGAGGGAGGUCGAAAGUACUGGUAUAAUACUGAGACGAAGCAGAGCUCAUGGGAAAUGCCCGACGUUUAUAAGAACGCGCUCGGCGCAACGAGCAAGCCCGCGACCCCAGCUUCCGCGACUCCCUACACGCCUCCCGCCAGCGCCGGUGGUGGUGGCGGAUACUCUCACGGCUACGACCAGCAUCGCGACCAGCGCGACGUCUAUCCCGAGUCCCGACAGAUCACGUACGGAAACGAUCCCAAGGUCCAGGCUUUUGUCCCCGCCACCAAUGACCCCGAAUAUGCAACGGCUGAGGAGGCUGAGGCUGCCUUCACCAAGCUCCUGCGACGAAGUGGGGUCCAGCCAGAUUGGACCUGGGAGCAGGGUAUCCGAGCAACUGCCCGAGAUCCUCAGUUCCGCGCCAUCAAGGAUCCCAAGGAUCGAAAGGCCGCGUUCGAUAAGUAUUGUCAGGACAUGGUCAUUCAGGACAAGGAGCGCGCCAAGGAAAGGUUAACGAAGCUCCGGGCUGACUUCGAGACUAUGCUUAAGAGGCAUCCCGAGAUCGUUCACUACACCCGCUGGAAGACUGCCCGCCCCAUCAUCGAAGGCGAGACCAUUUUCCGUUCUACCAGCGACGAGGGUGAACGUCGUCAGCUGUUUGAAGAGUACAUCAUCGGGCUUAAGAAGGCGCACGCCGAGCAGCAGACAUCCCAGAGGAAGAACGCUAUGGACGGACUUAUUGAUCUUUUGCCCAAGCUCAACCUGGAACCGUACACUCGCUGGGCUGAUGCUCAAGGUAUCAUCUCAUCCACCCCGCCCUUUCAGAAUGACGAGAAGUACCAGGCUCUCACCAAGUUUGACAUCUUGACUGCCUUUCAAAACCAUAUGAAGGCCCUGGAGCGCAAGUUCAACGACACCAAACAGGAGGAGAAGAACAAGAAGUUUCGCAAGGAGCGUAAGGCGCGAGAUGCGUUCAAGGCUCUCCUCGGUGAGCUUCGCCGAGAUGGCAAGAUCAACGCCGGCACGAAAUGGAGCCAGAUCUUCCCUCAUAUUGAGAAAGACGAACGAUACCUCAACAUGCUUGGUCAAGCUGGCUCGACUCCUCAGGAGCUGUUCUGGGAUAUUGUCGAAGACGAAGAGCGCGGUUUGCGCGUACCCAGGAAUGACGUGCUCGACGUUUUGGAAGACAAGCGGUUUGAUCUCACGCCUACGAGCGAUUUUGACGAGUUCCUCUCCAUCAUGAACGAUGAUCGACGGACUGCUAACAUUGAACCCGAUAUUCUCAAACUCAUUUUUGAUCGACUACGCGAGAAACGCUCAUCCAAGCGGGACGACGAUCGCCACUCUGAGCGCCAUCAACGUAGAGCCGUUGACGAUCUGCGCGCGUACAUGAAGCGCAUGGAACCACCCAUCACUUCGAAUGACACGUAUGACAAGGUACGACCUCGACUUCUCAAAUCAGACGAGUUCCAGGCCAUUACUUCCGAGGACGCUCGACGAAGCGCCUUUGACAAGCACAUUCGACGGCUUCGAGAAAAGGAAGAGGAAGCAGACCGAAGCUACCGACGGCGUGAUCGCAUGUCUAGCGAGCGGGACUUGCACCGUCGCGAGAGGGACCGAUCCAGAGGUGAGCGAUCUCAUCGAAGCGGUGGACGUGGUUCUCGACGUAGUCGCAGUCCGGAGCCAGAUGCCUACGAAGCGGACAGACGCAAGGCCAUUGCUGAGCGAGAGCGUAACCAUCGGAAAUCGACCAUGGCAGAAGGCCUUUUGGGAUCUGACCGAGGUCGCCUAUCGCCGCCGCCACGCCGCGAACGGGAACGGGAGCGCGAUCGGGAGCGAGAACGAGACCGAGACUACGACCGUCACUCUCGCUCACGUCGCGAUGACGAUGGCCACUACGAGCGUGAGCGGAGAGACCGGGAAGACGAGCGCGAGAGGCUGUAUCGCCGACGUAUUGACCGAGGUUCGUAUGAUGAGCUUCCUUAUGAUGAGCGCCCAUCAGGUUCUCGACGCCGACGUCCUGAUGACGAAGACGACUACACUCGCCGCGACUCGCGAGACUCCAAGCGAUUGAGAAGAGAUCGAUCAAGGGAGCGUACUCCUCCACCGCGUGCUGAGCCGCGCGUUGUUGAAGAGCGCCCUCGCAAAAAGACACCUCCACCCCCAUCCAAGGACGUCCAUUCCGGAAGCGAGGAGGGCGAGAUUGAGGAGGAUUAA